AUGUACACUCAAUUAUUAGCUGGUUUCUUGCUGGCGCCUCUCGCAUUAGCACAAAGCAAUACCUUUGCAUUCCCAGGAAAUGGCGAGAUUCCUCCUCUGUCCCCCGGCAUGCCAUUCGAUAUAACAUGGACGCCAUCACCAAACUCCGAGUCCGUCAACCUGAUCCUCCGACAAGAUCAAGGCGACGUAAAUAACCUCGCUAUAAUCUCCAUCAUCGGCGAAGAACUCCCCAACACAGGAUUCUACACUUAUCUCCCCCCACCAACCCUCAUCAGCGGCACCGGCUACGCAUUCCAAAUCACCGAUUCGGACAAUGAGACAGACACAAACUACUCCCCCCAAUUCGCCAUCACCUCGCCCAACACCAGCAUGACAGAAUCAGCAGCCGACACCACCGUAACCAGUCCCCCCAUCUACGUCGACCCCAGCGCCGUCACCAGCGUCGAGACCUCGGGCGUCACAGGCAGCGCCACGAUCUUAGACACUUCAGCGAUUAUCGACCCGAUCCGGACUUCGACGGCUGAAGACACGACCGUGACGAGCCCGCCGAUUUUCGUGGAUCCAAGUGUCGUGACGAGUGCAACGAGUAAUGUGACUAGUAUUAACACCUCUGGGGUUACUGGCAGUAUGACGAUUAUGACUAGUCCGGUUGUCAUUAUCGAUCCGAUCCGUACUGAGAGUUCUGAAGGGGCGAGUGUGACUAGUCCGCCUAUCAUUGGGAAUGCGACGGUGACGACGUCGAGGGUUUCGAGUUCGAGUGCCGUGGCUACUGUUACGGGGAAUGCGGCGACGAGAGUUGAGGGGUUGGGGAUGAUGGGUGCUGUUCUCGGUGCUUUUGGGAUGGUUAUGGUUUUGUGA